UCCUGCAGACACGACCCAGGCGCCAGCGGCAGUGGAGCAAGGGUUGGCGCCAUGGCUGCUCCUGUGGGCUUUCUGCUGCUCUGGGGUCUCACCCUGGGCCCAGCUAGCGAGGCGGCCACAUGGAUUGAAACCCGGCCCAGCCUCUGGGCUGAGUCAGCCUCGCCGCUGAAGCCCUGGGCCCAGCUGAAGCUGACCUGCGGCGCACGCCUGGCGACUCUGGACUUCCAGCUGCUCAAGGGCGGAGUGGCCCUGGAGCACGUGCACCUUGACACCCCCGCCAUCGCCCACCAGUUUGUACUGGGUGAGGUGAGCAGGGACAACCAGGGCCUCUACCACUGCCGUGCUGGCCUGGGUGAAGGAUGGACCCAGCUGAGCGACCUCGUGGAGGUUACAGGCACAGAGCCCCUGCCCCCACCCAGGCUCUCCGCUGAGCCUGUGUCCUGGAUCACACCGGGCCUGAACUCCACCCUGCGGUGCCGUGUGGCCCGGCCCAAUGUGACCUUCCUGCUAAGGCGGGAAGGUGACCAUACAUCCCCCGUGGUGGCCAAGGCGGGGGAGGACAGAGAGGCCACUUUCCUGGUCCACCGGGCUGGCAACUACAGCUGCAGCUACCAGACCCACGCUGUGGGGAGCCUCUCUGAGCCCAGCGACAUGGUGACCAUAGAGGAGCUAGGCGUGGGCGUUCUGGCUCCCCCUUCCUUCCAGGAGUCAAUAAACGCCGACGAGGACUGUUCACACCGUGUCUUCCGUGGGGCAGAGGCCCGGUCCCGCGACUUCUGUGCAGUUCGCAGCUCCCGCCCCGCCGGGAUGUCGGGGUCCUGCCUGCCGGGCCAGGUCCCCUCACUGCGCUGGAAUUCCCAGGGCUCUGGCCUCAGCCUCCUGAGUGCUGGGAGUCCAAACGUGCGCCACCUCGCCUCGCUAAUAUUCCUGUGUUUGUUCAGUGUCUUCCAAGUCUGA